CUCUAGGCAUUCAUAUCCAGCUCACAAAAUAUGAAUGAAUCCUAUAUUCCAUUACUUUUUAGAAUGAGCACUAGGGAUUUUGUUAAGUAUAAUAAGGAGAAUCAAUACAAUUAAGAACCACUAUCAGAACCAUAAAAUAUUUAGUGAGUUUUUCUAUUCUAGAUUCUUUUAUAUUUUUAGCAAGUCAAUAUUUGACUGUAUUUUCAAUAUUUUUGGUUCUUGGAAAUGUCACCUGGAAUGUGUUAUGUUUUAAUUGGCUUAUUUUUCCCUUAAGUUUCUAAAUUGGAUCCAGGUCCUUUAUAGUCAAAGAACAAGCUAAAAUGAUCAUUUGCAGAAUGGAUCCCUUAAAGUAUUUACCAAAUGAAAUUUUGAAGUUACCAUGGUGUUUAGACUGCAGUUACCAGGAAAGUUAAAUAAAUGCUUAUGAAAAUCACCAGAUGUGCUAUGAAGACAAGAUCCACAAUUCCUUGUACCAUAUUUCAGUUCAUCUUAAACAUUAUUUCUAUCUUUUUAUUGUGUGUGAUCAUGUAAAUAUCAAGGUAUUAAAAAGCAGAAAAUUGCUUAUGAACUGUAUAGCAGAUCUCCUUAAACCAAGCAAAAAUAGAUAAAUAUGAAUGCUCUGCAAGUCAUCAUCUGAGCUUGAUUUUUUUCUUUCCAUAUUCCUGCAUAGAAAAGAGAAGUAUCUUAGUGUAGAAUAUUAUUAGAUUAUAUUGUGAACUCAUAAUGAAAGACUGGUUUUUAAUAACAAUGGCAAUGGUUAAAGACUAAGUGUUCAAUAUCACUUUUUGAAAGUAAUAGGACUUUAUCGAUCUCCUAGUUAAGGAGAAAACUAACUGUUCAUUAUAGUAAUAAAUUCUUCACUUUACAUCUGAGGGUUGAUUGAAUUUUCUUCAAAUAUCUCAUCAUUUCAGCUCCAGUGUUAUCAGAGGGAAAACCAGCCUUCCAGUCCAGCAUCUUCAGUUUCUCUGGGUCUCCUGAAAGAGCCGUAGAUGGGUCUCUAUUCAGUGAUUUUGAAAAAGGCACUUGUAUUCAAACAGAUCGAAAAAUAAAUCCCUGGUGGAUGGUAGAUUUGGGUUCUACAGAAAUCGUGCAAUCUGUGGCACUCACCCCUCGGAAUGAUUGUUGUACUGAAGAAUUACGAGGAGCACUGAUUCUGGUGGGGGAUUCCCAUGAUGAAGGAGGGAUGCCCAAUAACAGAUGUGCCAUCAUUGGUUCCUUGGCUCAUGGAAAAACAGAGUUUUUCAGAUGUGGGAUGAUGAGAGGAAGAUAUGUGAGUGUUGUGAACCCAAAGAGAGAAGAAACAUUUCUAUCUUUCUGUGAAGUAAGAGUCUUUGGAAAAGCAUCCGAGUCAAUCUCUCCUAGUCUUCCAACACCCAGUCCUGAAUCUCAGCUUUCCACACCCAAUGCUAGCAAUGCCUCAGACUUAAUUGAUCACUCAGGAAAAUACUUUGGGUUCUAAGGUCAUACCCAAGAUCACAUCAGAUAAGGAAAAUGCCAAUUCCAACCACUUCAAAACCAAGAAUAUAAAAUUUUGCUAUCUAAAAUUGCUGUCUUUGGAAUAAGUGAAAGCCAAAACCACACAUAAGACAAAGAUCACAGGGAAUUAGUGAUACCAAGAAGAACAAACUGAAAAUGAACAGGAUCAAGAAGAGUUCCAUAUAUGCUUCAGUAACAUUUGCAAAAUGGAUUAUGAAAUUGUGAAAUCAAAAAUUAAUGCCCACAUUAGUUUGUAUUAUUAAUUAUUGAUUAAUAAUUAUAUUUCAUCAGUAUAAUGAAUCAAUAUUUAUGCAUCAAACGGACCUA